ACCUAACACCUUUAGCCUUUCAGAUUAGAUCAAAGGCCUUUCUAAAGGAAAUGAUACGUUGGAGUUUAUUACAUUGAUCAUCAACACUGUCUGUAGUCUGUACACGUACCCUGUAGAUGGACAUUUUUGUGAAUUUUCAAUUAUAUCAUUAGUUUUAUCUUCUUUUUUCUGUCUGCUUCCAUUUCCUUCGCUCCACUUCUGAGCCUAUAAAUAUGGCACUUGUUUCCUUCAUCACUUCAUAUCGAAAACCAUUUCAAAGAGAGAGAAAAGAAGAAAGAAAUACACAAUGGCAGGAAUCAUGCACAAGAUUGAGGAGACUCUGAACAUUGGAGGCAAGAAAGAUGAGCGCAAGGGUGAGACACAAGGUGGGUACAACCAACAGCAUCACAGGGGCGGCGCACAAGGUCAGCACAAGGAAGGGUUUGUUGACCAGAUGAAGGGCAAGAUCCCGGGGGUUGGCGGUGGCGGUGUCGGUGGCAUGACGCAGGGUGGGUACAACCAACAAGAGCACAGGGGCGGCGCACAAGGUCAGCACAAGGAAGGGUUUAUUGGCCAGAUGAAGGACAAGAUCCCGGGGGUGGGCGGUGGCGGUGUCGGUGGCGGUGGCAUGACGCAGGGUGGGUACAACCAACAAGAGCACAGGGGCGGCGCGCAAGGUCAGCGCAAGGAAGGGUUUGUUGACAAGAUCAAGGGCAAGAUCCCGGGGGUGGGCGGUGGCGGUGCUAGUGGUGUCGGUGGCAUGACGCAAGGUGGGUACAAUCAACAAGAGCACAGGGGCGGCGCGCAAGUUAAGCGCAAGGAAGGGUUUGUUGACAAGAUCAAGAGCAAGAUCCCGGGUGUUGGCGGUGCUAGUGGUGUACGUGGUGUAGGAGGAGAGAAAUAGAAGAAGGACAAGGAGAAGAAUGAUGAUGGCCAUAGCAGCAGUGACAGCGACUAAAAAUCUUGAAUUGCUUCCAUGCAUUAGGUGUGGCGGAGGUCGAGGUCCUGUCUACCAGUGUUGCAGAUUAUCACUAGCUAGGAAAACGAAAAGAAAAAAGAAUCUGUCCUGUUCAAUAUUUUGUAUCUUGCUUUUAAGUGGUGUUGCUAGGCCAGGGAACACUGUAAACCGAAAAUGAUAUUAUAUAAUACGAUAAUAAUUAUUAUUAA